AUGAAUGAAAAGGAAAACAAGACUAAGAAACAGUGUCAAGUAGAACCUUCUCAUUUUACAGAGAGCCCAGAUGGGCUGUCACCCAUCAGGUCUUGUUUACUUGUAUUGAUCACCCAGAGCCUCUAUACCGUCAAACAUGAGCUCUCAGAUUGGAGCCACAAUUACAGAAUGUAUUCUUAUGUAACUGAGGAGCUUCCCCAACUCAUAAAUGCCCAUUUUCCAGUGGACCCCUACAGGAUGUCUAUUUUUGGCCACUCCAUGGGAGGCCAUGAAACUCUGAUUUGUGCUUUGAAGAAUCCUGGAAAGUACAAAUCUGUGUCAGCAUUUGCUCCAAUUUGCAAUCCAGUGCUCUGUCUUUGGGACAGAAAAGCCUUUAGUGGAUAUUUGGGGACAGAUCAAAAUAAAUGGAAGGCUUAUGAUGCUACCCAUUUUGUGAAGUCCUAUCCAGGUGCUCAGCUAGACAUAAUAAUUGAUCAAGGAAAAGAUAACCAGUUCCUUCCAGAUGGACAGUCAUUAUCUGGUAACCUCAUAGCUGCCUACACAGAAAAGAAAGUUAAUGUUGUUUUUAGGUUACAAGAGGAUUAUGAUUAUAGCUACGGCCUCACUGCCACUUUUAUUAUUGAUCACAUUAGACAUCAUGCAAAAUACCCAAGUGCAUGA